AUGUACGCAUUUGCGAACUUGCGCGCUACGGGUGAAGUAUACUCCUCAGACGAAUACGCUGAUGUACAGCAGCACUACGAUGGAGACUCAUGGAUCGAUAUUGGGAGAAAUGUCUACGGAGCCGUGAGGCAGAUAUAUCUCCAGAAGAAGAAGAAUCGUAAUCUCAAAGUGCUCCUAAGUAUUGGCGGCUGGACAUACUCCCAAAACGGGAAUUUCGCCUCGGCGGCCAGUUCCGCCCCAAACAGAGCCACAUUUGCCAAGACUUCUGUCGCCCUGAUGAAGGAUUGGGGAUUUGACGGUAUUGAUGUCGACUGGGAAUAUCCGAAAGAUGAGACUGAAGCCGCCAAUUUUGUGCUUCUGUUGAAAGCGGUCAGGGAGGCACUCGACAGUUACUCGAAACAGCAUGCUAAUGAUUACCAUUUCCUACUGAGUAUUGCAUCGCCCGCUGCCCCUCAAAAUUAUAAACAUCUGAAGCUCAAGGACAUGGCCGACGUCCUCGACUUCAUCAACUUGAUGGCCUAUGACUAUGCUGGGUCAUGGGACAAGACGGCUGGGCAUCAGGCAAAUCUCUACCCGAACUUGAGCAACAAUGCCAGCACGCCAUUCUCUACAGAUCGCGCUGUGACGGAUUACCUGGCUGCCGGCGUGCCCGGGAACAAGUUGAUGCUCGGUAUGCCUCUUUACGGGCGUGCGUUCCAGAAUACAGACGGGCCUGGCAAGCCGUAUAAUGGAGUAGGAAACGGCAGUUGGGAAUUGGGUAUUUGGGACUACAAGGACCUAGCACAGAUGCGGUCAAAAGAGCAAUUAGACAGCCAUGCCGGCGCCUCGUACAGCUACGACCCCGCGGGACGGACCAUGAUCACGUACGACACUAUAGAUAUGGUGUACCAGAAGAUCGAAUAUAUUCGAGCAAAAGGGUUAGCUGGUAGUAUGUUCUGGGAAGCAAGCGGUGAUAGGAACGAUUCGAAUAGCUUGAUUGGGGCGAGUCGAGCUGCUAUGGGGGGACUAAUGAGUAGCCCGAAUCAGCUUCAUUAUCCGGAUAGCCAGUACACCAAUCUGGCUGCAGGAAUGCCCAAUAACUAA